AUGAAUUCACUUUAUUCAUCCUGUUGGAACACCUCUGCUGAACUUUUGAACAAAUCCUGCAAUAAAGAGAUUGCUUAUCAAACCCUCAGCAUUGUGGAUACAAUUAUCCUCCCUUCUAUGAUUGGGGUUAUCUGUUCACUGGGGCUGGUUGGCAACAUCCUCAUUGUAUUCACUAUAAUAAGGUCCAGGAAAAAAACUAUUCCUGACAUUUAUAUCUGCAACCUGGCUGUGGCUGAUCUGGUCCACAUCAUUGGAAUGCCUUUUCUUAUUCAUCAGUGGGCACGGGGAGGAGAGUGGGUGUUUGGGGGGCCUCUCUGCACCAUUAUCACAUCCCUGGAUACUUGCAACCAGUUUGCCUGUGCUUCCAUCAUGACUGUAAUGAGUGUGGACAGGUACUUGGCUCUCGUCCAACCAUUUCGACUUACAAGUUGGAGAACGAGGUACAAGACCAUCCGCAUCAAUUUGGGCCUUUGGGCAGCUUCCUUUAUUCUGGCAUUGCCUGUCUGGGUCUACUCGAAGGUCAUCAAAUUUAAAGACGGCGUGGAGAGUUGUGCUUUUGAUUUAACAUCCCCUGACGAUGUACUCCGGUAUACACUUUAUUUGACAAUAACAACUUUUUUUUUCCCUCUGCCUUUGAUUUUGGUAUGCUAUAUUUUAAUUUUAUGCUAUACUUGGGAGAUGUACCAACAGAAUAAGGAUGCCAGAUGUCAUAAUCCCGGUGUUCCAAAGCAACGAGUGAUGAAGCUGACAAAGAUGGUGCUGGUGCUGGUGGCAGUCUUCAUCUUAAGUGCUGCCCCCUAUCACGUGAUACAACUGGUGAACUUACAGAUGGAGCAGCCCACGCUGGCUUUCCAUGUGGGUUAUUAUCUCUCCAUCUGUUUCAGCUAUGCCAGCAGCAGCAUUAAUCCUUUUCUCUACAUCGUGCUGAGUGGAAAUUUCCGGAAACGCCUGCCUCAAGUGCAAAGGAGAGUGACUGAGAAGGAAAUCAACAAUAUAGAAAAUACCUUGAAAUCCAGCUUUUAGGAGAGCACACGUAUCACCAAAAGUCUAGAUAGGCUUGUCUAUGUUAUUGGUAUUAUUAGAAAGAGCAGGUGAAACAGUGUGCUUAUGUGCAUCCUUCCUGUGUAUUUGUGACUCUCAGUAGCAUGGAAUGGAAGUGUAACCAUUCAAAUGCAAUGAGUUUAAUAUGCUAACUUUAGUAAGAUGUAAAAUAUUUGUUCACGUUGGGAGUAUAGAAAGGGAUAGUCUAAGAUCCCUGAGCUCCAUG